UAAAGUUGUGUAUGUUUAUAAACUUGUCAGAUUUCUAAUUUUUAAUGGAAAUAAAUGAAAUGAUCAGCUUCGAUUUAGAUGAUGUACUUUUAGUGAUUUUCUAAUGUGAAUGCCUUUGCGUAAUUUGUACAUUUUAGAAUUGUUCCAAACGAUUAGAUUCAAGAUUAAAAUAUUGGCUAUAGCAAAGUAUUUUAUCGAAUUCUACUGACAUGGAGUCUAUUGAUCCAAUUCCUAGAUCACCAUUACAUUUAUAUAUAAAUUUAUAUUGUAAUAAACGGCAAUUGUUGGACCAAAAUGUUAAAAAGAAUCAUAAACUUUUAAAAGAGGCAACCACAUCUUGGCUUUCCCUUAAUGAUGAUGAGAAACAACUGUUUAUUUCAAAACAUGAUGAAAUAAUAGCAGAACAUAAACAAAAAAUUGCAGUUUCUCUUAAAGAUGCGAAGCCUUAUCUAAGAAAGAAGAAUAAAAAACUACCUGAAAACACAAAAAAUAGUGCUGUAUUUGGACAAAAUCAGAUAGAAAUAAGUUUUAAUGACACCUUACCAGUAAGCAUAGCACAAAAUACCAGCACAAUUGAUUUUGGUGAUACAGAUAAAAAAAGGUCUGAAAUCAGUUUUCCACAAAAUGAACAGAAUCUAAGUCAUAUUAAUGAAACUAGUACUAUAAUCCAAGAUCAACAAUUUAUACAUGAAAAAUUACCUGAACCCAUUCCACCAAGAGUUAUGUCUGGCAAAGAACUAUUUUUAUUACUAGGCAGUGAAGAAGAAAAUUGUGUAAACUGGGAGUCUUUACCAGAUUCUAAAAAGAGACACUACCAGAGGGCUGUCCUUACAAUAAAAAGAAAUUACUUAAGAUCAUACAGAACAUUUUUGGAAAGUUUGGAGCCUAUAGAGCUGCAUACAUUUUAUGUCAAUAAUAAACAAAUUGAAUGAAAAGGUU